AUGGACGUGAUGCUCGGACGCGCGGAGGCGAGCGGGGGAGGACGCGGCGCGCGAGGCGCGGGACGGGUUGCGGCGUUGGCGACAGCGUGCGUCGUCGCCGGAGCGCUCGGUGGAGGACUGGCGAGAGUGAGUCAGAUGCCAGCAACGGCGACGACGGGGACGCCGUCAAUCACGAUGAAGGAGCGGGUGGCGAACGUGCAGUCGAACGGGACUUACGUUGCCCAGCGUGUGUUCGGAUGGCCUUUGUAUGGCAAGGUGUUCAUCAUUAUGACAGCCAUGGUCCCACUUGUGCUCGCAGCGGCGAGCGUGUACAAGCACGUGAGCGACAGUGAUUGGAACGAAGCCAUCGCGAACGCGUAUUAUUGGCUCAACGAUGUCCCGGGCGCGGACAGUACCGCGGAGGAGUCGUUGAAGACGACGGUGGUUGCCCAACUCAUCGUCUUCUGUGGCAUGUUCACCUUCGCGAUUUUGAUCGGCGUCGUUUCGGAUGAAAUCGCGAGCAAGGUCGAUGAGGUGAGAAACGGUAACCACAAGGUGUACGAGAAAAAUCACACGGUCAUUUUGAAUUGGAACGAUCAACUGAUUCCUCUGUUGAAGCAAAUUGCUGUCGCCAAGCAGGAGGGGAUCGGCUUCGACAAGCCCGUUGUUUUGUUGGCGGACAUGGAAAAAGAGACGAUGGAUAACGUCAUCCAAGAUGAGCUCGCGGACAGCCCGCCGCUCACCGUAGUCACGCGGCAGGGACAGGCGCACAACUCACAGGAUUUGGAUCGAGUAAAUGCAUGGUCGGCGGAGAGAGUCAUCGUUUUACACGACGGUAGCAGCACGGACCCUGCGACGAUUGAAAGCCAAAAGGCGACAGCGGUACUGAAUCUUCGAGCGAAGAACUUUCGAUCCACGACUUGCACUGGACCGAACGUAAUCGUGCAGGUACCGCAUCGUUUGGAGGAGAUCGAUGACUCGACAAGUCUCGCCAUCGACUUGACCGAUAGACCGGGUCACAAAAACGGGGAAUACGCCUUCGUCAAUGGUACAUCUGAGCUGUCGCGAUUGAAGGCGUUCUCAGCCAUGCAACCGGGUGGCAAUCAGUUAUUCGAAGACCUCAUGCUUCAAUCUAACGAUAGCGCCGAAUUUUACACGUUCGCUAGUCCGUCCUUGGCGGGAAUGACAUUCCAAGAUGCUUGGAGACUGUUCAACACGGCGACGCUCGUGGGGAUCGUCAAUGAAGACGGCAUGGUUCUGGGUCCGAAAGACGAUGCCAUCAUCGGUGAGCGUGGCGAGAUCGUUGUCAUCGCGGAGAACAAAUCUGAGAUCGCACGUAACUUGACAAAGGGAAGAGGAAAAGUCAAGGAAGGUGUGAUACCUCGGCCUGGAACGCAGAACCUCGUAAUGGAAAAGUGUCCCAUCAAGAUGCCAUCACCGAAGAAGUUAUUUGUCAUCGGUUGGAAUGAAGAGAGUCCGGGAGUUGUCCACGACAUGCUGGUGUUGGCGCCGCCAGGUUCCAGCAUCACCAUCAUCGCGAAUGAUGACAUCGAUAAAAAGGAGAUAAAAGGGAGCAAGUAUUGCUCUGUAAAACACGUAAAAAUGGACGCGAAGAAAAUGGCAACGCUAAAGAGUCAGAGAGUACACGAAGCGGACUCCAUCCUGAUAAUGCCUACCAGUGAGGACAGCGACGCAACGCAAGACAGCCACGUGCUCGCUACAGUCAUGCAGAUCGCGCACUUGGUGACGAACUCGACAACACCGUACGCUCCUCACCUCGUGACCGAGCUCUCGUGUGAAGUGGCCAAGCAAGUCGCCGAAGAUGUGUAUCGAGGCAUCGGAACAGUGGACAUCAUUUUGCACGACAACCUCAUCGGCGGAACGCUCCUUCAAGUCUCUGCCAACCUGAAGCUUGCCGGAAUGUUUGACUUUUUGCUCGAGAAGGAAGGUAAAGAGUUAUACAUGCGUCCUCACGACGAAUUCGUCACCGUGAACGACACCGAUCUGUACUGGGGCGAACUGUGCGAGCGCGCUCGUGUCCGCGAUGAAAUCGCCGUCGGUGUGAUGCAUGCCAAUGGCGAGCUGCAAAUCUCCCCGCGGAAGGACCAGCAGUUCAGACUUUGCACGGGCGAUCGCGUCGUCGUGCUCGCGGAGGAUUGGUGGACGCCGCAGAGCGUCAAAGCGAAGACUAGGUAG